AUGCAGCUGUGUGAUUCGAAUUACCUCGCAACAAGCAGCAGUUCCAGUGAGAAAAGUUCGGUGCCUUCAAAUUUGUGCCGGCUUCGAAAACUGAUCAAAUGGAUAACGGUCGGCGUCAUUGCUGGCAGCGGAACUGUUUAUCUGUACAACAUAUUGGUUCCGGACCGGAGAGAACUGGAGGACAGGAGGCAUUAUUACUCAGAUUGGAAACUACGUGCCUACUGUUCACUUCCACUGAAUGCAAUCUCUCGAUAUGCUGGUGGCCUAGCAAGUGUUCGCAUUCCCGUAUGGCUAAGGCCAACUGUGUUCGGCCUGUAUGUACGAGCAUUCGACUGUCGAAUGGAUGAAGCUGAACUGGAGGAUUUGCGUGCUUAUCCAACACUGGCAUCAUUUUUCAAUAGGUCG